AUGAAGGUUACUCUGGCCGUAUUCACCGCCGCGGCGACCAUCGCCCAGGCUGUCGCCACUCCCGCACAGUUGACCGCACGCGCUGGUAGCGUGCCCGUCGUCACUGUCAAGGGCAAUGCUUUCUUCGCCGGUGGCUCCCGAUUCUACAUCCGUGGUGUCGACUACCAACCUGGUGGCUCUUCCGACGCCAAGGACCCUAUCGCCGACGUCGCUGGUUGCAAGCGUGACAUCGUCGAGUUCAAAAAGCUAGGGAUCAACACCAUUCGUGUGUACACUGUCGACAACACCGCCAACCACGAUGAGUGUAUGUCUGCGCUUGCGGCCGCCGGUAUCUACCUCGCCCUGGAUGUCAACACCCCGAAAUACUCGAUCAACCGUGCCAACCCGGCUCCGUCAUACAACGAGGUGUACCUCCAGAGCAUCUUCGCCACCAUCGAUGCUUUCUCCAAAUACGACAACACUCUCCUCUUCUUCUCCGGAAACGAGGUCAUCAACGACGACAAGACCACCAACUGUGCGCCCUUCGUCAAGGCCACCACCCGUGACAUGCGCCAGUACAUUGCCAACCGUGGAUACCGUGCCAUCCCGGUCGGUUACUCGGCUGCCGAUGUCGAGGAGAACCGCUUCGAAAUGGCCCAAUACAUGAACUGCGGUACCUCGGACGAGCGCAGUGACUUCUACGCCUUCAACGACUACUCGUGGUGUGACCAGUCCUCCUUCACGACCGCCGGCUGGGACCAGAAGGUGAAGAAGUUCAAGGACUACAGCAUCCCCAUCUUCUUGUCGGAGUACGGCUGCAACAAGAACGCCCGUACCUUUGGCGCCGUCGAUUCCCUCUACAGCAGCGACAUGACCAGCGUCUACUCCGGUGGUCUGGUCUACGAGUACUCUCAGGAGGAGAGCAAGUACGGUCUGGUCCAGAUCAAUAGCGACAACACCAUCGAGGAGUUCUCCGACUUCAAGAACCUCAUGUCCGCCUUCUCCAAGACCAAGAACCCCAGCGGCGACGGCGGCUACAACGCCAAGGGCGACGCCUCCAAGUGCCCCGACGCCUCCAAGAACUGGCAACUCGGCAAAUUCGCCGGAAACGCCCUCCCGGCCAUACCCAGCAGCGCCAAAGAGUACAUGAUCAAGGGCGCCGGCACCGGCCCCGGCCUCGCCGGCGACGGUAGCCAGAAUUCCGGCCCUGAGGAUGUCGCUACCGCCACUUCUGGUUCCGGAGCUGCCACCCGUUCUCCCGGCACGUCCACCAACACUGCCAGCCCGACGAGCAACGCGGCCGUCACCAUCGGCCGCAACGCCGAAUCGAUUAGCUUCGCGCCUUUCAUCGUCUCCGGCGCCGUCUUCUUUAGCGCGCUCUUCGGCGCCGUGCUGAUGUAG